CUGAGCUCUCCCUGCCCCAGGAUGAAGAUCGCCCUGCUGGGAGCCACCGGGCAGACCGGGCAGUAUGUGGUCAAACAGGCGCUGGAGCAGGGUCACACGGUCACCGCCAUCGUCAGGAACCCGGCCAAGCUCACGCUGAAUCAUGACAACCUCAAGGUGGUGCAGGCUGACAUCUUCUCAGCCGACAGUCUGAAGACUCAUUUCAAAGAACAGGACGCGGUCAUGUCCUGCCUGGGCUUCCCGGCCUCCUUCUUCUCGGGGGUGACGGGCUACACCAUGUCCAUGGCGGCGGUGGUCAGCGCCAUGCGAGAGGCCCGCGUCAACAGAGUCAUCACCAUGACCUCCUGGUACACAGACCCAAACUCGGGGACUCAGGCUCCUUACCUGAUCCGCUUUCUGCUGCUGCCGAUGAUCCGAAGCGUCCUGAGCAACAUGUAUGAGAUGGAGAGCUUCCUGAAGAAGACGGAGGACAUCAACUGGACCGUCGUUCGCCCGCCCGGUCUCAAGAACCUCGCAGCUACAGCUCAAGAGUUUCAGACCCACGAGGGCUACUUUGUGCCCAGCGACAGCAGCCAGGCCCCAAACAGCGGCGUGGGGCGGGGAGACGUGGCCCGCUUCAUGCUCUCCCUGCUCAACACCAACGCCUGGUUCAAAAAGGGAGUCGCCAUCACCACCAAGUGA